UUUGAAUUGAGAUCUUCGCAUAGUCUCCAGACUCGACCAGCUGAAAUUGCAUUGUAAUACAUUGAGCUUCUGAGACGGAGCUGUUGUUGGAAUGUGCUUGAGUAGAUCAUUUUGUUGUUUACGUUGAAUAUCCAAAGACUAUCGGAUCUAUAUCUAUACAUGUUGUAUUAAAUACGUUUCGGGAAUUGUGUCAUUUGGAGAAUCAUGGACCGUGAGUGGAGAAGCGAUUGGGUUUUAAAUCUCGUCAGCGACUAUUCUUCUCUCAGUCUCACCUCUUGUCCGAGAGCUUUUGACUGAGCCGAUCCAGCUAUAUAGGCUGGAGCGGGUUUUGAUUAGUUUCUGCAUCAAGUCAAGCUAUUUUCCACUCGUUGGGUGAAUAGUUAACUAAAGCGAAAUUAUUUGUAUUCAAAUAGCCGAGGAUUUGUAUUCAAAGAGCCCGAGGUUUCUUUCAACUCUUAAGUUCAGGAGCUGUCCAGCUUGACCGUCAGACUGACCAGUUACUCAGUUGUCCAGAAAAAUGGAGUCUGUUAUUGAGAAGGAAUGCAGUGCACUGGGGGGACUUUUCCAGAGUGUGAUAGGCGACAUGAAAAACAGCUACCCCAUCUGGGAAGACUUUAUCAGCAAGGCUGGGAAACUACAAUCUCAACUCAGGGCGACCGUGGUUGCAGCUGCAGCGUUCCUGGAUGCCUUUCAGAAAGUGGCUGACCUGGCCACCAACACACGAGGAGGCACCAGGGACAUUGGUUCAGCUCUAACCAGGAUGUGUAUGAGACACAGAAGCAUCGAGGCCAAGCUCAGAGACUUUUCAAUGGCUUUCAUAGACUGCAUGAUCAACCCUCUACAGGAUCAGAUGGAAGAGUGGAAGAGAGGAACCAACACUCUGGAUAAGGACCAUGCUAAAGAGUACAAGAAAGUUCGGAGUGAGAUCAAGAAGAAGUCUUUAGACACUCUGAAGCUACAGAAGAAGGCAAAGAAAGGGCGAGGAGACGUCCAGCCCCAGCUGAACAGCGCCAUGCAGGACGUCAAUGAUAAAUACCUGCUGCUGGAGGAGACGGAGAAACAGGCCGUCAGGAAGGCCCUCGUCGAGGAGAGGAGCAGGCUGUGCACCUUCGUCUCCAUGCUACGACCUGUCGUGGAUGAGGAGAUCUCCAUGCUAGGAGAGGUCACCCACCUCCAGACCAUAUCUGACGACCUCAAGAUGCUGACCAUGGACCCUCACAAGCUGCCCCCCGCCAGCGAACAGGUGAUUCUGGAUCUGAAAGGCUCUGACUAUAACUGGUCUUAUCAGACUCCUCCCUCCUCCCCCAGCACCACUAGGUCCAGGAAGUCCAGUAUGUGCAGCAGUCUGAACAGCGUAAACAGUAGUGACUCUCGCUCCAGCGGCACAUCCCACUCUCACUCCCCUUCCUCCUCCUCCUGCUCCUCCCACUACGGCUACCGUAGCUCCACCCUGCCCCAGCAGGCCGUGGCACGACUGUCCUCCAUGUCCUCCCAUGACUCAGGAUUCAUCUCCCAGCCAGACACCUACACCUCCAAGUCACCAUCACCCAUGCCCCAGGAAACACUACCGCAGCCUUGCUCCAGCUCUGGCUCGUCUGAGGCCUCUGACACCUGCCAGUCUGUCAGUGAGUGCAGCUCUCCCACCUCAGGAGGGCCUCUGGCUGCAGUUGACAAGGACUGGGCUAAACCAGGACCCUAUGACCAGCCCAUGGUGAACACCCUUAGAAGGAGGAAGGACAAGGAUCCUGUACCAGCAGACACCAGCUAUGCCCCACUACCACUGCCUGCUGGUGUCAUCCCAGCACCUGGGGGCAGGAGUUUACCACUGCCUGCUGGUGUCAUCCCAGCACCUGGGGGCAGGAGUCUACCACUGCCUGCUGGUGUCAUCCCAGCACCUGGGGGCAGGAGUCUACCACUGCCUGCUGGAGUCAUCCCAGCACCAGGGAGCAGGAGUCUACCAUUACCUCCACCACCCAAGGUGUGUGAGAUGGAGGCCCAUGAGGAGCUGGCUCUGGCCCUGUCCAGAGGUCUACAGCUGGACUCACACACACAGCGUUCCAGUAGGGACUCUCUACACUGUUCUAGUGGCUACAGUACCCAGAGUACCACCCCGUGCUGUUCAGAGGACACCAUACCUUCACAAGUGUCAGACUAUGACUAUUUCUCCAUGGGAGGGGACCAGGAGGUUGACCAGCAGGAGUUUGACAAGUCAUCCACCAUCCCCCGUAACAGUGACAUCAGCCAGUCCUACCGUAGGAUGUUCCAGUCCAAAAGACCAGCCUCCACCGCCGGCCUACCUUCUACGGCUGGCUCCGUCAUCAUGACCCCUGGGGUCGCCACCAUCCGCCGCACGCCCUCCACCAAGCCCUCGGCUCGCCGCGGGACCACCGGCCCCAUCCCCAUCCGGACCCCCGUCAUCCCAGUCAAGAUCCCCACCGUGCCUGGCCUAGUUGGGGGAGGAUUCCCUGGGGGGCUGGGGAUUCCUGGAGGACCAGGAGUAGGGGUGGAGGAACCAGAGGAGGCCCAGAGCCCUGAGUCUCCAGCCCAGGGAGAGGAGGGGGAGCUGGGGGUACUUCCCCUGGCGUUCUGGAGUGGUCAAGCAACCACCAACCCUCCCUUGGCCCCUCACCAGCCUAGGGGCCAGUGUCAGGGCGAGGGGGGGUCCCUGGAGGAUGGGGAGGUUAUGGAUGGUCAGGGGGGAAACAUGCUGCUGGUUAUCCAGAGAGGAGUCAAGCUGAAGAGGACCAAUACCAACGAUCGCUCAGCACCGCGCAUCGUAUAAGAGGAGAGCCACCGUGGCACCAUGCAGCAUCAGAGGAGGGUAUCCUACCUAGCUGUACCUAGCUAGCCUACCGCCUGCCCAUUGACAGGACAGACAGGACACAGCUCAUGUCCACUGCGCUAAGGGGGGGUCUCCUGUAUACUACUUACCGUCCAGCGGCCUCACUGACAGACGGGACAGAACAGAACUCAGCUCAUGUCCAUUCCAUGUGAUGCUGUGUGUGGUGACAGACAGAGCUCUGCUCGUCGUCUCAGACGGUGCAGAAGGUGGUCUCUUGUUGGACAGACAGUGGAGCAGCUCAGAGUUGUGUUAAUUAUGUUCUCUCUUAGUUCUGAAUGUGUAAAUAAUUAUGCAUGGUAUUUUCUCUUUGUUGCUUCCUGUGGCCCAGUUCUGUUGACUCUAGUCCUCCCACCCCCAUUCCUCCCCUCCUCAGUUCUGUUGACUCUAGUCCUCCCACCCUCAUUCCUCCCCUCCUCAGUUCUGUUGACUCUAGUCCUCCCACCCCCAUUCCUCCCCUCCUCAGUUCUGUUGACUCUAGUCCUCCCACCCCCAUUCCUCCCCUCCUCAGUUCUGUUGACUCUAGUCCUCCCACCCUCAUUCCUCCCCUCCUCAGUUCUGUUGACUCUAGUCCUCCCACCCCCAUUCCUCCCCUCCUCAGUUCUGUUGACUCUAGUCCUCCCACCCCCAUUCCUCCCCUCCUCAGUUCUGUUGACUCUAGUCCUUACACCCCCAUUCCUCCCGUCCUCAGUUCUGUUGACUCUAGUCCUCCCACCCCCAUUCCUCCCCUCCUCAGUUCUGUUGACUCUAGUCCUCCCCGCCUCAGUUCUGUUGACUCUAGUCCUCC